CUGACACUUCUCCCACUCAACCUGUUUGGUUUCGGCGCCUUACCAGUCCGGAGGGCCCCGGACCGAACCGGACCUUCCCCCGCGGCGCCAUGCGCCCUUGAGCGGCCGCGGCCGCGGUCGCUUGAAGCGAUGCAUCCCGAUGGCUCGGACACUGAUCUCCAAGAGACAUCAUACCGGGCUUUGGCUGCAGAGCAGGGGCAUUCGACCCAGCGGCGCACCUUCACAGGCCCCGAGGGCGCGGCGCUGCACGCGGUGUGCCGAGCGAUUCUGGUGGUGGAGCUGGCCGAACGGACCUGCUACUACGCCCUGGCUGGGAGCCAGGAGUUCUUCCUGGAGACUUUGGGCUAUGGGGCUCAGGAAAGUGCCGGGCUGAACUCGGCCUUUACCACCUUGUGCUACAUGUGGCCUUUGGCUGGAGGAUAUGUGGCAGAUGCCUUCUUGGGCAGAUACCACACCAUUUGGGUCUUCACGGUGUGCUACUUGGUCGGAGUGCUCACCUGUGCCGUGUCAGCGCUCCCGGGCCCCACACGGGACGCCACGACCUACCUCGUGGGGUCCAUGGUUUUCCUGGCGCUGGGCACAGGCGGCAUCAAGCCGAACAUCUCCAACUUCGGCGCCGAUCAGUUCGACUCCCGCAGUGCUGCGGGCCGAAAGGCGCGAGAGGAGUUCUACACGUACUUCUAUAUGUCCAUCAACGUGGGCGUGCUGCUUUCCUAUGGCUUCCUCACCACCUUGUGCUCCAGCGGGUUGCCUGGGCUGGUGCCGAAGGACUUGGGCUAUGCCACCAGUUACUUCCUUGCGGCAACCUCCAUGUGCGUCGCUUUGACCGUGUUCCUUUGCUACAGCAGCAGCUACAGGUGUCUCCACCGGCACCUGGGCGACGCGAUCCGCGGCGUGGUGCUCCACGUGGUCUCCGCGGCCUUCGAAGGCUCCAACCGGGCCAGGGCCAUUUGCUUGGGUUGGCCCUUGCUCUUGCUGGGUUUACUUCUCACGGUGAUCAUUUCCUUGAGCCCCACGGAAUCGCUGGGCCUCUUUGGUGCACUGAUGGUCUUGAGCGGUCUCUUGCUGGCCACCUAUGGCUGUGGGAACCUGGAGUGGGUGCAAAGUACCGCCCACCGGAAUAGCCAUGUGACCCGGCAGCAGACGGCAGACUUCCUGCGUGUCAUGCCAACCCUCGCCGCCGUAAACUUGGCCUUCAACAGCGUCUACAACUGCAUGGCCUUCUGGUUUCAGGAGCAGGCCUGCUUGAUGGACGUGAGAUUCUUCAACAUGCAGUUGAACGGCUCCUUCUUCACCAUCGCCGAUGGCUUAGCCAUCGUCCUUUUCACCCCACCGCUGAUGAACACGGUCAACCCCUGGAUGGAGCGCAGGUUUGGUGUGGGUCGCCACGGGAAGCUCUUGUUGGGUUGUCUAUUGGCGGCAGUCUCAGUACUUUGGGCUGCGCUGCUGGAGGACCUCCGGAUCGUUUCACCCUUGCUGGAGGAGGCCUCCCUUUGUGCGCCGGACGGGCAGAAGAUGAGCAGUUUGUCCGCCUGGUGGAUGAUUGGACCGUACACAGUGAUGGGCGUGGCGGAAGUGUAUGUGAAUCCGACGCUCUACUACUUGGCCUAUUCACAGUCACCCUUAAGGCUUCGGAGCAGCGCACAAGCACUGGGGCUCUUCAUGAGCGCAACCUCCUCUGCGCUGUUCACCAUCCUCACCGCCGUGCUCAGCGGUCGCGGCAGCUUGCGCACUGAGAAGGAUGGCUUGCAGGCUGGAUACUAUGUGUCUUUGUCCAUGAUGAUUCCUUUUCUAUGCUGGUACUUGUGUGUCCAGUCUGGCUUCCAAGAGCGCCACUUCGAUGAAGAGAGCGAGCCUGAGGUGCAACCAGGUCAGCUUAACAAGGGCGUGGCCUUCUCGCGCACAGGAAUGCUCCGGGACUUCGCCUCCCCACAAAGCGUCGGCGGGAGCCCGGCCAGUUGGGUCGAUCACAGCCCUUUGUCCAGUGAGGUGUGACUUUGGCUGAAGAGGGCUUGUUUAAACAAUGUUUUUGUGUCACAGUUGAUUAAUUCCACUUUGCGAUGAAUUUGAAUUAAAAUUGGUCAUGUUCUUACUUCGCUUUGUCCAUCCGAAUUCAAUCGGGUUCAUCAGGGCCUUGGGUCAGGUUGGGCCCCCUGCCCUUGUGGUUUGGAUCGUGCUCAGAGACUGGAAUUUGUCCCUGGCAGUCCUCGCCACAGUGCCAAGCCUGUUCCAGCCUGGAGCCCGAUUCGGGAACUUAUAGCUGCCCAACCCGAGCAACUGUUUCUGUCAGACCAUUCUCUUGAAGCUGUGAACCCCGAACUGCCCAG